AUGGAUUUGAACAACUUUGGUUGGGAGGGAAAAGAGGGGAAGAAGAACCAGCCAGAAUAUGUUGGUUUUGUGGUUAGUAGUGGGUCAUUCGGAUCUUCCAAGAUUCAAGCUUUUGGUGGUAGCAAAGCCCGUGAAGAAGGUUCUUUUUUGGUGGAGAAAUCAGUUGGGUUUUCUUCGAAAGAUACUCCUUCUUUUCCUGUUUACCAUAAGCAUAAAGAUGGUAUUUUGUUAGAGAAGCUGAAGAUUAGUCCGAAAUCGUCCCAAGAUUCUGGUGUUUUAAAUAGCCCUUCUGAUGAUGAUACGAAUAACAAGAAAUAUGCAUACUUUUGCAAAGAAUGCAAUAAGGGUUUUUCUUGUGGGAAGGCAUUAGGAGGUCAUAUGAGUAGUGCUCAUGUACAGGCUAAAGCUCAUCUCAGGAAACUCAAGAUCAGGCAAUCUGAAAAGUUCAUCAAGGGAUAUGAUGGAUUAUUGGGCAGUGCUUUUCAUGGUGAUCAGGAAGAAGAAGAAGAGAGAUACGUCUGUAAGCUUUGUGGAAAAGAGUUUCCUGGGAGUAGGUCUUUAUAUGGUCAUAUGAGAUGCCAUCCUGAUAGGAAUUGGAGAGGCAUGGAACCUCCCUCUUCCAAAGCAAAAACCCUAAGAGCUCGUAAUCGUGCCACAUCUGUAGUUGUUGUUGAUGAUGUGCAUGGUCGCAAGUACGAGGACCAUGUUUACUCUGAUAUGCACGAGGCAGAGGAGAGAGUGUUGGAGAGUGUCGGAAGCGAUCCAGCUGAAGAUCGAAGCCGGGAUAUAGGGUUUUCGGGUUUGAAGGAUUUGAGCAACGCGUUGGGUGGUGGCUGGGGAAUUACCGGGAAGCGUGGCAGAGAAGCGGCAAUGGUUAAGCUAGAUGUGGAGAUGGAGAGGAAAGAAGAUUUGGAAAUGUAUGAAGCUGUUACGCAGCUCAUAAGAUUAGUGAAUUCUGGGAAAGCAGCAGAGAAUUAUCAGAAGUAG